AUGGUGUCCUUGGGGUCUGUGAUCUCGGUUGCAUCUAUUCGUGCUGACAGUUCAGGUUCAGUGACCUGUUGUGGCAGCAUGGAGCCAGCAUUCCACCGUGGGGACCUGCUGUUCUUGACUAACCGUGUAGAUGAUCCCAUCAGGGUUGGAGAGAUUGUGGUCUUCAGGAUAGAAGGGAGAGAGAUCCCCAUUGUUCAUCGUGUCCUGAAGAUACAUGAGAAGGAAAAUGGAGAUAUCAAGUUUUUGACCAAAGGAGAUAACAAUGCAGUUGAUGACAGAGGGCUGUAUAAGCAAGGGCAGAACUGGCUUGAGAAAAAGGAUGUUGUAGGACGUGCCAGGGGAUUUGUUCCAUACAUUGGGAUUGUUACGAUCCUCAUGAAUGAUUAUCCUAAAUUUAAGUAUGCAGUUCUGUUCCUCUUAGGGCUGUUUGUUCUUGUGCACAGAGAAUAAUAGAGACAGCAAGAUAUUCGGUAGUGUGACAGCACAUAUUCAGCCAGUGCUUAAACCUCAAAGGACAAGAACUGUGGAAGGAAAUGUCUCAUCUAGCAGUGUAAAGUUUUACAUUUGAAAGACAGUAUUUUUUUUUUAUACAUAUGUGUAACUGCUCUUUGUUAAUUCAGGAAUAAAGUGGAAUAUUUAAAUUAGACCACCUGCUGUUGCUUCUCGACUUCCAUGGAAGCAGAUGGAUACAGUUCAUAUCUCCUGCACUGUUUAUGAUUUUUGUUUGUACUAUUGGUGGAUAUUUUUUUUUUAUAUAUGUAUAUUAAAAAUAAAAGCCAAAGUUCUGUGUUUGUAUUCUGAA